AACGAAAGCACUUACAUGACAAUAACACACACUUUGACCAUGUCGGCGGACUACUUGGCCGUCAUCAUCCUCGUGGCGACUGUGCGGGCAGCGAUACCACCAGGCUACAUCCUGCAAGUUACCCCCGAGUGCGGCUCCAGCGAUGUCGGGGAUGGCGCCAUCUCCAUUCUCUCCGACCUGAGCGUGCAAGCUAAAGCCGUGUGUGCUGGCAACAAGGAGUUCCCCUUCAUCAACCUGGACGUCGUCAACCACGUUCUCCCCUUCUCCUACCCCACAAGAGGAUCAAACCCCUGCGUGUUCUUGAAGAGGAAACACACCCGGGUCUUCACCGCCAGGGUGAUCGUGUUUUACGGACAGAUGGGGACUAGCGUGCAUCAUGGGAAGGAGGAGUAUAUCGUCACGUGUACAUUCAGCCCCGCGGGAGAGGACGCCAGCAAGAUCAGCAAGAUCACCCAGUCUCUGCUGGCAGCCAAUGCGAUCCACGGCUACGCUGGGGGAGACAGCAGCUCCACCAUCAUCCUCAAGAUGGUGGACGUUCUCGGGCACAAUCUCAACGGCAGGAGCGUCGACCUUGGUCGGAAGGUGCAGCUCAAGGCUGUCAAUACAGGUGCGGAGCCCGGUAUCCGCCCAGUGUCGUGUGACGCCAUCGACAGCUCCAAGGCACGGUACUCCAUCCUCAGAGCUGGCUGCGGGGAUGGGAUCGUGUUCCCCAAGACUGUCGGCUUCAAGACCACGGGCAAGAAGACCCACAGUCCCUACUUCCAGGCUUUCACCAUCAACGUCGACCCCAUCCUCAAGUUUGAAUGUAACUUCACUCUGUGUGGCUUGGAAUGUGACGGGGACUCCUGUGCAAGCGCCCCAUCGCCGAGACGAACAAAGAGAGGUUCAUCCUCCGUCAGCUACGACUUUGCCGCUACCGGCGCCGUUGCCAUUAUCAACACUGCCUUGGACAAGUCAUGGAUCGGGGAGACUCGCUUGGACACAUCCUAGAGAACCGCAUACUGGUUGUGGAGUUUUAAUAAAUUCUCAAAUACUA